GCUGUCCCCCGGGCGCUGCCGGCCCUUUGCGACCCCAGUCGCCUGGCGCACCGGCUUUUGGUGCUGUUGCUGAUGUGCUUCCUAGGCUUCGGCAGCUAUUUUUGCUAUGAUAAUCCUGCUGCUCUUCAGACUCAAGUCAAACGGGAUAUGCAGGUGAAUACCACAAGAUUCAUGCUGCUGUAUGCCUGGUAUUCUUGGCCCAAUGUAGUUUUGUGUUUUUUUGGUGGCUUUUUGAUAGACCGAGUAUUUGGAAUACGAUGGGGCACCAUUAUUUUUAGCUGCUUUGUUUGCAUUGGACAGGUAGUUUUUGCUCUGGGUGGAAUAUUUAAUGCUUUUUGGCUGAUGGAAUUUGGAAGGUUUGUGUUUGGGAUUGGUGGGGAGUCCUUAGCAGUUGCCCAAAAUACAUAUGCUGUGAGUUGGUUUAAAGGCAAAGAAUUAAACUUGGUGUUUGGACUCCAACUUAGCAUGGCUAGAAUUGGAAGUACAGUAAACAUGAACCUCAUGGGAUGGCUGUAUUCUAAGGUUGAAGCUUCGUUGGGUUCUGCUGGUCACACAACCCUUGGGGUCACACUUCUGAUUGGAGGUAUAACAUGUGUUCUUUCACUAAUCUGUGCCUUGGUUCUCGCUUACUUGGAUCAGAGAGCAGAACGAAUCCUUCAUAAAGAACAAGGAAAAACAGGUGAAGUUAUUAAGUUAACUGAUGUGAAGGACUUCUCCUUACCCCUGUGGCUGAUAUUUAUCAUCUGUGUCUGCUAUUACGUGGCAGUCUUCCCUUUCAUUGGACUUGGGAAAGUUUUCUUUAUAGAGAAAUUUGGAUUUUCUCCCCAGGCAGCAAGUGCUGUUAACAGUAUUGUGUAUGUCAUAUCAGCUCCGAUGUCCCCAAUAUUUGGGCUCCUGGUGGAUAAAACAGGGAAGAACAUCAUCUGGGUUUUGUGUGCAGUGGUUACCACUCUUGCUGCCCACAUCUUGCUGGCCUUCACGCUGUGGAAUCCUUGGAUUGCUAUGUGUCUCCUGGGAAUCUCCUAUUCGUUACUUGCCUGUGCAUUGUGGCCAAUGGUGGCGUUUGUAGUUCCUGAACAUCAGCUAGGAACCGCAUAUGGCUUCAUGCAGUCCAUUCAGAAUCUUGGGUUGGCGAUCAUUUCCAUUAUUGCUGGCAUGAUAUUGGAUACUCGGGGAUAUUUGUUUUUAGAAGUUUUCUUCAUUGCCUGUGUUUCUUUGUCACUUUUAUCUGUGGUCUUACUCUAUGUGGUGAAUCGUGCUCGAGGGGGGAACCUAAAUUAUUCUGCAAGACAAAGGGAAGAAGUAAAACUUUCUCAUGCUGAGUAA